AUGCUUUUAAUAGCGACCAAACAACUUCAGAAGAAGAAGAAAUCAAUGAAGAAGCUUCACGUUACAGCAAAUACGAAAGAAAAGAUGGAUAUUGAGAAGAAGAUUCGUGAUCUGUCAAAUGUUCAAUGCGAUGUGUACAAAAUAUGCAGCAAUUGUAGCUGGUUGCGGCGUGAAGCUGAAUGUCGGAAUGCCAAUUGUCAAAACGAGGCAGAGGUUUGGCCGUUGUAUAUGUCACUACAUGGUUACGGAUACAAAACAUUUGAUGAUUACAAUCCGAGCAACAUUGUUCUUUGUUCGUUGCUUCAGUCCUAUUCUAAGGCCAAUAUACCGCUCGAAGAAUUGUUCACACGCUUCACUAUUCAACUAAACGAAAUAAAGCGAGAACCGAUUAGAGUUCGAGGUGACGAUUGCGAAUGGCUCGUCAAGAUAGAGCUCUAUAGUUGUGCCAUAGAUUUCGAUGGUUUUUAUGAUGGAAAAAUGACCUAUGUGACGAAUGGAACCGAACGUAAGUACUCAUUUUAUAAUAUGCCAAAAGACCACAAGCGGAUUUCAAUUCCCCACACGUUCGAGCAUUCAUACGAUUUUCUUCAUUUGAUGUCGGAAGGAGUUUCAAAAGAUAGGCUAAGAGAUUUCACCAACAAGGAAAAAUCGAAUAUUCCAAAUUUGGUAUUAACUCAAAGUGAGCUCACUAAAAUAUUUCUCCAGACGGUAAUGGUCACUGACAAGCCUCCUAUUACGCCACAAGGAUUAGAAAAUCAUGCAAAGUUAACUGGACGAGAAAUUGACGAGCUUAUGAAUGUCACAGUUCCGCUAGUUGGAGUACUUUUCGAUAAACCAGCCAAAGAUAGUUUAUUCGCGCUGAUUAUAUGGAUUAUCACACGAUUUCUUAUGGAUAUGAAUGCCUACAAAAAUGAUAUAAAAACACUCAAAGAGCUAGGAAUUGAUUUGAAUGAACUCGGAAAAAAUGGAUACAGGAGAUGCUUCACCAUGAAGUUGCACGUAGCUGUGGUUGAGAAUAUGAAGCGGCUAAAAAUGGAGAAGAUGAGAAAUGACAAUGCAAACGCCGACGAGUCGAUAGCAGUUCCAUCAGACAAUGACGAUUAUUUCGAAAAAAUUCAGAUUCUACUUAGAUGCAAUUCGAUUUCGGUCCACGAACUCGGACAAAAUCUCGCAGCCGGAUUAAGCAACAAAUCGCUUGACGAAAUCAAGAUUCAAGAAUUGAAAAGUAUCGCCAGCCGUUCUUGGUCUGAUAUCGACAUUCAACGACUUUUUUCGGAGAGCUCAUCCUCAUCUAGUCCAAUUCACGUCAAUAUGGGAAUGGCGUUCAUGUACUUAAAUCUUAACCAAAUGUACCCGGACUUUGUCAUUAAAGGUGCUGACCUUUAUUCACGUGUGAGGAGCUUGAUGAAAAACAUCCUAGUAAAGCUUACUUCUCCUCCGCCGAUGAUUUGGCUUUACACCCAUUCACCUAAUAAAGCAAGUGAUUCAGUGUUUUCUCCUUUGCCCGAUGAUAUUGUGACCACAAAUAUUGAGUUCACUUGCGAUUGCUUAGAUGUGUAUUUGCCGCAGGAAUUUGAUACUGCGCAUUUCGCAGAUAUUGAUAAGUCAGCACCAUUUUUCGUUGAACUUGGAGCCAACGAUGAGGCCAGGAUCAACGAAAUUCGAAGGCGGAGAGAAGUACGAUUGUCAAUUCGACGGAAGCUACAUGAGUCAUUGACAACGACUCUGUAA